UUUUUUUUUUUUUUUUUUUUAUAGUAGUCGCUGUUGAUUUUUCUUAUCAUCGAACGCAUACUAAAAACGUAUUUAUUAUUUUUUAUAUAACUUUCAGACUACUGUUUUUUACGAGCCAAUUUUAUUAUUGACGAUAAUAUUUUUUAUAUGUUAAAGGAAAAUUUGUUCAACUAACACUUUGCGCAUGAUCGUUAUACAUCUAUAUACGCGACCGGCUAAAAUUGUACCCAGCAACAAUCUUCGCCGUCCAUUCUCCGCUGUUAAAAUAACACCCAAAUUGAGCCAAUGCAUAUAUCAUCAACUCUCGUAGAUAUUUCGACCUGCACAAGAGCUGUAGGUAUAGAUUACAUUCCCUAUUUGUCCCAACAAGCUGAUGUCGAUAAUAUCGUUAUACCAACGAAAUUCUACAGGCGUUACUCAAUUUUGCACCGUCAAAACAGUUUUGUUUACGACUUGCAAUCACAAGACCGAUCGUCGAUUCUGUUUAUUUAUCGCAAAUAAAAAAAAUUCAAGUACAUACGUACACCGCACGCUCCCGACGAUGUGCGCGCGUCUCUGGCUCUAGGCAUUUGUUUACGAAAAUGGAGCAGACAGCUCUCUACUGCUGCUGCUGCGUAAGUAUUUGACUGUUGACACCGAAUGUGCGCGCACGUGGCCUCGCACGUGUCGCGAUUGGCCGAAAAAGCAGCACGUGUCUCGGCGAGUAGGCGUCGACCAAUCGGCUGAGCUCUUGGUCUGUGGCUAUUAUUGUUCCCAAGACCGAAUUACAUCGCGACGAUCUGCGAAGUAGCAGCAGUACGCCCCCAAAUCUUCGCGAUAACCGUGUCCUUGCCUCUCGUUUGCCCGAUCCAAUAGUACUUCAUUGUUUUACUUAUUUUCUUGCCUGUCAAAUUCCAUUUUCCCGGAUGCUCGCGUUCUUUGCGACCAAAGCGAUGAUGAACAUAACCUAAAAGCAAGUGUCAAGAUGCUUCUGCUAGGAAAAACACAAGCCCACCAAGAUUAUUGAAAGUGAUACUUACAUUUUAAAGGACAAUCGUUGCGUGAUAUGUUCAGAAUCAGCACGAGACUCCUAUGUCGAAGGAAUCUCACGCUAUCCUCGCCGACCAGCUCGACAACCUUUCAGAAACGCCACACCGCCGAAGAUGAUAAGCCCAAUCUCUCCGGCCCCAACUCGAAAAACUCCCGUGUCACAGUACUCAAGAAAUAUUGGAUAUUCCGCUAUGUCGACUAUGUCAAGAAUUACGAGAAGAUCCUGGAGAAGAACUUCCCGAAGACGAUGCACGUGUACAGAGUCUUCAGUAUUGGUAGUAAGGAGUUUUAUGCAGAUCUUAAGAGGUACAUGCAAGUGCGCAAAAAGAUCAGAAAUUUUGGAGCGGAUACGCUCAACAGGGAGGAGCUUCAAUUGACGUUUACCUUUCCCAAGGACCUGAUUAAGAUCUCCCCAGUUUUGCUUAUAUCGGCUGUGCCCUUCACCAAUUACAUUAUUUUUCCACUGGCAUUUUACUUUCCCCAUGUUCUCCUUACAUCUCACUACUGGUCUAUCGAAGACAAGUUGAACUUUAUGCUGAAAGAGCAUAAGAAACGUCUUCAGCACAACAAACCUCUGCUCAGAUGUGUGCAGAGUCAAGUCAAGACAAUCCAAGAUACAGAAUCUCGUGCUACAUUCAAGAAUAUCAUUGCUUGCUUGGGUAGUGGAACUCAUCCAACUAUUGAUGAUAUACUUUAUUGUAAAAAACUCUUCUCCGGACCUCCCUACUCUUUGAAAUGUAUGAAGAGGAAACAUGUUAAAGAACUUUUGAAAGUCCAUGGAAUGAGUCGAUUUAGUUUAGGAAAUCGAACAAGACUUUUAGAACGAGGUUUAUUGAUUAAACGAAUGGAUACUGCAAUCCAACGAGAAGGUGGAGUUACCAAGUUACCUUAUGAUGCCAUCAGAUGGGCAUUGUCAUUUAGAGGUGUGAACCCAGUAAACAUGUCAACAGAGAGCAUGCAAGCCUGGUUGGAUCAGUGGCUAUUAAUAUCAUCACAGGUUGAUGAAGGCAGUAUUUCUUUACUAUUACACUGUCCGAUUUUAUUAGCUUAUAAUCACGAGACAAACUGGACGCUUUUAUACCACGAUAAAAAUAAUUAAAUAUUUGAAUAUUUUUUUUAAUUUAUCCAUAGUUUAUAAUUAAGAAUAAGAUAUAAUUUAUGAGGAUUUUGUGAUAAAAAUUACGAUACUGUAAAUAAAUAAAUCAAAUAUUUAUUUCAAAGAUAAUUUAUUUAAAUUCAUUUAUAUACAACUUGUAUAUACAUCGAUUUCAAAAAUAUAUUUAUAUAUUUAAAAAUUCAUGUAUGAUAACAUAAGUGUUCUAUGUAUCUGAAUUUGUGUGUCACUUUGCAGAGUAAGAGCCUGUCUUAGCCCUCAUAUGAUAUAUUUUGUGUCUCUAGCCAAGAACAAGAACUUUUGAAACUUGGAAUUUAACACUUGUUAAAAUUUCUUUUUCAUCAAGUAAGUACUUUACUAAUGAAAAAUAGUACAGAAUGUUUCCAGUGAACGAAUAUAAAAAAUUUUUCAUGAUUUUUCACAUGGCGAACUUUAUUUAUAAAUUAACAAAUCUAUAUCACAGUUUAUAAAUAAAAACUGUUUAUGAACAAA